AUAAUAUUAUUAUCUAUAGCAGUGCCGAGAAUCGAACUUAACUACCCAAAUUUUGGAAAUAUUGCCACAGAAUUUUAGACUAAAUUAAAUAAAUUACCUAUUUUUAUAAAAUUAUUUGCUACAGCCGGUGAAUUGCGACUUGCGAGAUCGGAGAUACCAAAGUUUCCGUUGACUAAUUCACACAAUUCCGAAUUUUUAAACUUCUGCAGCUUUUCAAUCAAAAUGUAUUCCAAUCAUUCGUCUGAUCCCAGAAGACCGGACAAAGAGCACAGGUACAAACCAAAAGCUGUUAAUAGUGAUAAUCAAGCCCUAACACCUGGUGAAGACUUGACGUCUGACUAUAUGAAUAUUCUGGGCAUGAUAUUGAGUAUGUGUGGAUUAUUAAUGAAGUUUAAAUGGGCAGCGUGGUGUGCUAUGUUUUGUUCGUGUAUAAGCUUUGCAAAUUCUAAAGCAUCUGAUGACAACAAACAAAUCUUUAGUAGUUUCAUGCUUUCCAUGUCAGCAAUUGUGAUGUCUUAUUUACAAAAUGCACAACCAAUGUCACCACCGUGGUCCACAGCAUUUGGAUAAAAAUUUUACAAACAAAAAUAAAAAUAAAGUUUUGUAUUUAUUUGGUAUUAAUUAAUAAUUAUACAUUGUUUUGUCAAAACUAUAAAAAUAUAAAACGUUACUUUUUAAUAUUAUUUAAAAAAAAAAUAUAAGCCAAAAUUUUAAUUUAUUAUUUUAUAUACUACUUGAAAAUUAUAACAAAAUAUGAAAAAUAAAUCAUUCGAUUAUUGUUUUAAAAAUAA